AUGGAGAUCGAGCUCGCUUAUGGUGAAUCUCGCGGAUACUGGAAACAUUAUUCACCCGGGAAGUGGUUCAAACAAGCGAAAGCCGUUGGCAAGAUCAACAACGUAAAAGCUACUCUGUUAUUUGAUUCUGGUGCUGAAGUGUCGAUCAUUGACACCACCUUUGCUCGUGAGGUCGGUUGCAAUAUUGACGAAAGUCAACGACAAGAAUGUAUCGGGAUUGGAGAAACUCCGUACAUGACGGUAGGACGUACCAAGAUCAAGGUGACCCUCGCGGGAUCGCUGGUAUACUAUUUCAAUGUAUGGGUAGGCGAUCUGGCAGGGCAAGAAGCGAUUCUGGGUAUGGAUUUUAUGGUGCCUGCUGGAGUGCGGCUCGAUCUAGCGGAUGGCGCGCUAUGUCUACCAGAAGAAAUCCGCAUUCAUCUUGCAGGACGUUGCCCCGCGUACGGAUCGAAGAUACAACAUAUAACGGCGAAGGACCAACACGUGGUGAUCCCGGUCGGAGAGUCAAGGGAAGUGAAUAUCGGGAUCGGAAGGGCUAAGAUGAAGUUGUGGGUCGCUAGAGGACUAGAUUGGGUCCCCACUGUGAUCUCGGGGUGGGGUAAGACGAAAUACCUGCAGAUGACCAACAUUGGCGACCGUGAGAUCAUACUGCCCACCCACACUAUAUUAGGCAUGUGGGUCGAAGGCGAUAUGGUACCGCGAACUCAAGGUUUGGUGACAGUCGGGUCGGGGAAGUACAAGGAAUGGCAAACUCUGGCAUAUGAGGCUACGACGGAUCGAGUGAACGAACUCCCGAAAGAACCGAUCGGACCAUUGGUAGAUCGUCCUACGUAUGCCGCUCCCAAACGCAUCUUGAAACGUCCGUCUGAUGCGUUACAGAACCUGUCUCCGGCGAUCUCCACGGUAUCGCCGCAAGCUAACGAUGACGAUUCGCAAAAGGCAGAUGCUGUAGUUGCGAGGGAAGUAACGGUCAGGGGAGCCGAACUAUCGCGGAUGGAGAACGGUCAUGAUAUCGGUACCCAACAUGCAACGAAGGGAGACCGCGACACCGGGCAAGAAGGGCUACGUGACAGAUCGUCUCUACCGAAGGCUGAGCCGACUGACCGACUGUUGAAAUUGGGCCAGCCGGAAGAGACGAAGGAGCCUAAAGAAGAAAUAAUGCUAAAUACUGAAGACGUCGAGAUUGCAGAAAUACCAGUUUAUCACCACGAGAGCGGAAAUUUGUUUGCGGAAGAUAUCGAGCAGCAUAUGGCCGUGCUACCAGAGAUGUCGGCGACUACGGAAGAAGUUACGAUUGAGGACAUUCAGAUCGGUGAUCCCGAUGUGCCUCUCACCACAGAUCAACAACGGCUCAGAUCGCUGAUCUGGAAGAGCCGUCACCUCCUCAUGGGUAAAGGUAAUGCUCUACCACCAGCAGCACGAGGCGCGAUCUGUGAUAUUGAUGUCGGUGGAAAGCACCGAUAG